GGAAAGUAAAUCAAACACACUCUUUCGCCUGCUGAACAGGAUGUUCGCUUAACUGAUUAAACGAUUAGGCUUAAUCGACGUUGAGCAUGGCAAGAUAACACUCGUGUGCUAGCCCCUCCAUAAUCCAUCAUAAUUGUUUAUAGACCCCCAUCAGAAAGCAAUUAAAACUUAAAGCAGCAAGUUGGCAGCCUCAACAUGACAACAAGUGGGAAGCGCAGCAAGGAGCUGCCACCUCUGCGCAUCGCCAUCAGCCAAGGACAACAGCAUAAGACUAGAAAGCCCCUGAAUCGUGUGAGAACUACGAAAUACACUUGGCUCACCUUUAUACCGCUGAACUUUUACGAGCAAUUCCGAAGAGCGGUUUACUUUUACUUUCUAAUCAUCACAAUUGUCUCGUUCUUCGUCAAUGAUACAAUUGAUCCAUUGACAUCGUUGUUACCUUUGCUCUUCGUCAUGAUUGUCACCGCUUUGAAGGAGGGACUCGAGGAUUAUGCGCGUUCCAAAAGCGAUAAAAUCGUCAACACCACAAAAGUUACUGUCAUACGUCAGGGCAAAGAGUUGUGCAUUGAGGCAGCAUUCAUUGCGCCCGGAGAUCUGGUGAUCGUCAACAACGCCAGCGAUGUGCCCUGUGAUCUUGUGCUGCUGCAUUCCAGCGCCUCCGAAGGCCUGUGCUUUGUGAACACCGCCAAUCUGGAUGGCGAGACGAAUCUGAAGACCGUCUUUGUGCCCAGUAAUUAUGAUUACGUCUCGCUGGAGCUGGACAAGCAGCUGGGCAGCAUUGUCUGUGAGCAGUCCACGCCGGAUCUCUACAGUUUCAAUGGUCGCCUCGAAUUCGAUGAUGCCAGCUCCAGAGAUGCCAUUCCGCUGUCCAUUGAGAAUCUAUUGCUGCGCGGCGUUCGCAUUAAAGGUCAGGGUCGUGUCAUCGGUUGUGCCAUCUACACGGGAAUGUCAACGAAGCUGCAGCUAAACAGUCGCUACACGGGCAACAAAUCCGCCUCCAGCGAACAGUACAUCAACAAGUUCAUCAUUGCCCUCAUUGUGGGCAUGGUUGUGGUUGUCCUAAUUCUCUAUCUCAUCGAGAGGCAAAAGGCUCGCGAUGUUUAUCCGGCUGUCUACUAUUUGGGUGAGUUGCCCGAUUAUAAUGCGGUGUGGCAAAUCUUUGAGGACUUUCUGUCCUUUCUCAUACUCUUCAACUAUAUGGUGCCCAUUUCGAUGUACAUGAACAUUGAGUUGUACCGUGUCUUUGGCGCCCUCUUCAUGAAAUCGGAUCUGUUCUUAUACGAUGCGGAAACCGAUCAGCCUUGCGGCGUUAAUGCCUCCAACUUGAACGAGGAUUUGGGACAGAUUAACAUUUUAUUUUCGGAUAAAACUGGCACGCUUACCAAGAACCAAAUGAUAUUCCUCAAGUGCUUCACCGGCGGUCGCAAUUAUCAAUUGGAAAACACCCGAUUGUAUUGUCCCACCACAGAAGAGCGUUUAGAACUAAACACCAUGGAGCCCGAAGUUCGGGACUUCUUUGAGGCACUUGCCCUGUGCCACACCGUUGACAUUUUGGAGCCCAACGUCGAGGGAACGGAUGAAAAGCAAUCCGAGCACGAUAGUUUAAUUACCAGUGAUAUUAUUAGCCGCUAUCAGGCUUCGAGUCCCGAUGAGAAGGCCAUCUUAGAGGGCUGCGCGCGGUUGGGCCUGAUCUUCAAGAGCAUCGAUAACAAUACGUUGCAUUUAAAUCUCCUCAAGCAGGGCAGCAGCGAUGUUCAGGAAUUCCAAUACGAGCGUCUGCAAGUGCUCGAGUUUAGCUCGGAUAGGAAACGCAUGAGCGUCAUUAUGCGCGAUGAGAACGAUGUGCUGUGGCUUUAUAGCAAAGGUGCCGAAACAUCCAUUCUACCCAGAUGCAAAAAGUCAGCACAAAUCACCCAGGUUGAUGAACAGAUCACAGAGUACGCCAAGGAAGGAUUACGCACACUGGCCGUGGCCCGACGAAUGCUGACCGAGAGUGAAUAUGCGGCAUUUGUGUCUGCGUUGAAUAAUGCCAAUAUACAACUGACUAAUCGCAAGGAACUGAUUGAGCAGUGCUAUGAGACUAUUGAAGUGGAACUUGAUCUAUUGGGUGCCACCGCCUUGGAGGAUGCACUGCAGGACAAUGUGGAUCAGACGUUAGUCGCUUUGCAGGAAGCUGGCGUCAAGAUUUGGGUACUAACAGGUGACAAAGUAGAGACUGCUUUCAACAUUGGCAUGGCCUGCAAGCACAUUCCUCCCGCCGCCGAGGUACAUUUUCUCAUCAACCUUACCGAUCCCGCGGAACUGUCCGCUCGACUCAAGCAGAUAGAGAAUAGCCUGAACAGUGAUGGUAAGAAACUGCCCACAGCUCUGGUCAUCGAUGGCAUCACUGUGGCUGCCUUGUUAAUGCAUAUGCCCAAAGAGUUUGCCGACCUGGCGCUUCGAUGCAAGGCGGUACUCUGCUGUCGAUUGAGUCCGCUGCAGAAGAGCGAGAUUGUCAUGCUGAUCAAGAAGUCAGGCAAACACAUCACGGCCGCCAUUGGUGAUGGCGCCAACGAUGUGUCCAUGAUUCAGGAGGCGCACAUUGGCAUCGGCAUUCCGGGUAGAGAGGGCAAACAGGCGGCCAGAAGUGCCGACUACGCCAUUGCCAAGUUUGAUAUGCUGCAGCGUUUACUGCUCGUCCAUGGCCAUUAUAAUACGGAACGUUUGGCAUUCCUCGUGCUCUUCUAUUGCUAUAAGAACAUCAUCAUCACCGGCUGCAUGGCGCUGUUUCAGGUGUAUGAUUUGUUCUCAGCUACCUCAGUAUAUAAUGACUUGUAUCUGUGGCUAUUCGACAUUAUCUACAUAUCGUUCAGUUUCACUUAUUUGGCCAUGUCCGACAAGCACUAUAGUGAGAACACUUUGCUCAGAUUCCCCGGCUUAUACAAGGGAAUAUCUCAUAACCAGCUAACCACUUGGAAAACAUUUAUAAUAUGGAUUUUAAACGGCGCUCUUCAAAUGCUUAUCAUAUUCUACUUUGCCUAUUGGGUUUUGUAUGACAACAACGUCGUUUUUAAGCACGGACAAACGGCGGACUUUUCUACCUUUGGCACGAUGCUGAUCAUGGUGUUGGUUUUAGUGGGCAAUAUUAAGGUGUUUUUGGUAUCGCACUACAUGAGCUAUUUGAAUUUUGCAUUCAUUGUGCUGUCAAUAAUUGCAUUUAUGCUAAGCACUUACCUUUACAAUUUGGGCAGCGGCAAUACGUUGUAUCACGUCUACAACCAAUUCCUGAGCUCUCUUCCAAUGUGGCUUUAUAUUAUAAUCACAACGGUCGCAUGUUUGGUGCCCGAUUUUCUUAUGAAAGCAGUGAAUGAUAUGUUUUUGGAGCCGGCGCUGCGUAAAAAUCGCGAGUCGAAGAAAAGUAAUUUACCGAAAAGCUUAGCAGCCUAAGUUGAACUUGUGUGAAUAAAUAUUUUUUAAAACGA